AUGCGCCCGGAGCACCCUUCGAGAGGCAGGUCAAAAUCUCCAUCAUCCUCCUUUGGAAAGACAUCCCAAGACUACCCGUUGGCCGUCUUUGAUCCGAAUGAGAAUGACUCCGAAAGCAGUCAGUUCAUAACGGUUGGGCGGGAAAGUUCCGACUCCGCCCGGCCCGACCAGCGAGAGACCACGAAUGAACCAUUAUUGCCAACUUCAACUCACCAACCCCGACGCAUAGCGCCGGAGCCAUUUUCAUGUACACUUUCUGGGAUCCGCGCGUGGAUUAAAGGCCCGCCAUACCCACACCGGUAUCAGAUCACCCCAUGGUUGCAGCGCUGGCAGACGGCACCAGGCCGCCUUGUGGAGCGUUAUUUUCCGAGCACCCGUGCCAAAGUUUGGCUAUUGCUGGGUUGCAUAUGCACCUGGGGUGUCAUAUUCCUCUCCAUCCUGCAUUCUUCUGUAGCUGGUCAGCAGGUAUCCGGAUAUGGUGUGCCUGUCAAGCUAUCAUGUCACGCUAGACUAUGGCCAAAUUCGACCGACUGCGGUCUGAAUGGGGAUUCCUGCCGCCCCUUUGACAAUGGGGCAUUUGCCUUUCGCUGCCCCGCAAGUUGUGCAGAUGCGAUGCUGCUAGAGCCGUAUUUUGUAGGCCCGGAAGAGUACAAUUAUCGUCCUCUUGUUAUCGGGGGAUCUACAGAUGGUGAUAUUACUGAUGCCAUCUACCGCGGAGAUUCAGCCAUCUGUCCUGCAGCACUACACGCUGGUCUAAUAGACAGCAAGAAAGGUGGCUGUGGCGUCUUGCGACGAACGGGCGAAAGAACCACGUUUCCGUCAGUGACAAGGAACGGGAUCGAGAGCAUCGGUUACGCCUCAUAUUUUCCACUUUCCUUUACCUUUGGUGAAGAGUCGUCCGAAACAAGCUGUCAGGACCUACGUUGGCCACUCUUCACCUUUUCAGUCAUCGCCACCACGUUACUAUCUCUGUUCAUCACAUCUCCCGCAGCAUUUUACGCCUCCAUCUACUUCAUCGUCUACUUCCAGGUCGCUCUGUCCUCCGACCCGCCCUACUCCCCCGACUACUAUGAAGUGGUAUCCACGGCCCUAGGACGGUUCCUGCCUUGCGCCUUCGUCGGCUUUGCAAUGUACUACUUCUGUGUCCGCAAAACCCUGACAGACCUCACCGCACACUGGGACAAGACUGUCCUCUGGCUGGGAAGCUGCUGGGUCGGCGCCCUCAACACCGACACAUUCGACAAGAUUCCCAUCUCACGCCUCACACCACAUGACAUCCAACAACAACCGGGCGCCAUUCCCGCCUUGAUCAUCAUCGUCGGCCUUCUCGUCGCCAUCGUCCUCACCCAAGCCAUUGCUUUCCGCAGAGAAGGCCGCAUGCCAAAAAUGCUUCUUCUUUACGGAAUCAUGGUCUGCGGCGUGAUUGCUCUGAUGCUUGUUCCGCACAUGAACCUCCGCAUCCAUCACUACGUUCUAAGCCUCCUCUUCUUACCGGGGACAACGCUCCAAACGCGUCCCAGUCUGCUCUACCAAGGCCUCCUCAUAGGACUGUUCAUCAAUGGUAUUGCGCGCUGGGGCUUCGACAGCAUACUCCAGACAUCCGCGGCAUUGCUGGACGGCGCGCAACUGGGCAGCGUCCUGCCAGUCAUUGGUGCUCCUGCUAUUCUGUCGAGUCAGAACAUCAUGUUUAAUUUCAAUGAUGUAGAUAAGGAUGCAGAUGGUAUUAGCGUGCUUGUUAACGACGUUGAACGGUUCCGGGCGUUCAAGUCUGAUGAUGGAAUGUUGGAGUCAUUCAAUUGGACGCGGCAUUUGGAUGGUGAGCCGGAGUAUUUCCGGUUCGGGUAUAUCAAGGUCAAUGCGUUGGGUGGAAUUUGGUAUGAGGAUUUUACGAGGCCGGGGACUUGGGAGAGUGAGGGGGAGUGGGUUCCUCCUGCUGAUUCUGGGGAUGGUUCUGGGUCUGUUUCACCGUCUUUGGAAUGAUUACCUAGUUGGGUAACAUAAGGGUCGAUAUAUUGGUGGAAUGGU